UUUUCGAUUUCCCUACAUAUUAUAUUAUUCGUAUACAAUAAAAUAUUAAUUAUUGUAUGUGGAUCGCACGAAAACGGCGUGUGGCCUACAGUGACGAGCGGGCAAUUGAGUUUUAUUGUAAAUCGAACGCCGUCGUGCAGCACGCGUGUAUGACGUCAUAUAUAAAUACAAUAUGCGAUAAAUAUAGAGAAAUAAAAUAAUAUCGUUGAAACGGCGGCGCGCGGUGGAAUCGCGAGUUUCGCGGCAACUAUCAUUUUCUACUCGUUUUUGUCCAGUCAGAGUGGCGCGCACUGCGCAUGGGUCGGCCGCCGGUUGGAAACCGCCGCGUAGGGUGACGGUGACGGAUUUGAGCGUGAUGGUAGAGUUCCGCGGGGGCAGUGUUCUGCGGAGUGGAUGAUGGCGGUGGUGGUGUGGAGGCCCUUAUAGAUUUUGCCCUGGACGAGUGGCGCCCGCGCGUUAUCCACUGUCGUCCCUGCGCGCGCGAAACUUUCUUCCCACCGCUGACGCUGUCGCUCGCGUGCGUGCGCGCGCGGGUCGGCGUCGUCGUCCACCGCCGCCGCACAGCACAGCACAGCACACGCACACGCACAGCGCAGCGCGGCGCACGGCCACGGCGAGACGUUCACGGGGACGACCGCGCGUCGGUUGCAGCACUAGCGACGGCGGACAGCAUCACCACCACCACCGCGGCCACAGACAGCCACGCCAACCGGCGGUGGCAUUUGCACGACUCUUCGUGGCCAUGAAUUUCCGGGUGGACGCUAAUCUCGGACACGGUUUGACUAUUUCGCCGUACGAUACUAAUAACAAUACGUUUAUGCGAUACCGUCCGUCGACGACUUUUAUGCGGACUGAUCGGACGAGAUGAGAAAAAUUAUUAAAAAACGGAUAAUCUGGAGAAUUUUUCGAGAAAACUGUCGAUUAUUUAAGAUAAUAGGAGAAAAUAUGACGGGUCGGCAGAUCCGUCGUUUGCUGUACGGACUGCUGAUUUUGGCGUUAUUUGUCAUUGUUAUACAUAGUGGCCGUACUGCGUAUUGGCUGGCUAAGGAUGGACAUUACUCAGGACAACCGCACCUCUCCACCGAGGACCAGCCAGAUUACAACGAACAACAGAACUUACAAUAUUUAGAGUCACCGAUUCAAUCUUUACCAACAUACAGUCCUUUAAUGAUGGAACCGAACGAAAUUUCAAAAUCGUUAUUACCAUGGUAUUUUAAAGAUGGCCUGCUGAGGCCAAGCAGAGCUAAAAAGAAUAUGAAUACUGGACAAAGAACUACACAGGUGUGGCCUAAAGAACAAAAAAACGGUGACCGCGUUGAAAACCAACUGAUGUUCAUACCGCCUAAUUAUCGAUACGACGAUGAACCGAAAAAAAAAAUUUUACUUUUCAAUGGUUUAAGUAGUUGGAUGGUAGACGACGGACAGAGUGUAUUUAUCUCGAAACAAUGUCCGGUGAAUAGAUGCACAAUUACAACGAAAAAAUCAGAAGCUCCAGACGUUGACGCAAUUUUAUUUCGUGAUCAUUUCUCACAUCCCGGUCACAGGAAAACUGGUAAACAAGUAUGGAUUUUAUAUUUUCUCGAGUCACCGUACCAUACGGAACUGAUCACUUACAACGAUGUGUUCAACUGGACAGCGACAUACAGACACGAUAGCGAUAUUGUCACGCCAUACGAACGAUGGGCUUACUACGAUCCGUCAGUGACACAAGUUGAACGAUUAGAACGAAAUUACGCGUUUAACAAAACGAAACAAGUGGCGUGGUUUGUAUCAAACUGUGGUGCCAAAAACGGCAGAUUACAAUACGCCAGAGAAUUGGCCAAAUAUAUAUCAGUAGACGUGUACGGCGUGUGCGGACAAUUCAAGUGCCCUAGAUCGGACAAGUGUUUCCAAUUGUUAGACCAAGAUUACAAAUUUUAUUUGGCUUUUGAGAAUUCCAAUUGUCUCGACUACGUAACAGAAAAGUUUUUCGUUAACGGCCUCCAGCACAACGUUCUGCCAGUAGUGAUGGGUGGGCGCCGGGACGACUACGAGCGGAUAGCGCCCAAGCGAUCGUACGUGCACGUGGAUGACUACGAGUCACCUAAGCGGCUGGCCGAGUACCUGCGGCGGUUGGACGCCGACGAUGACCUGUACAACGAGUACUUCCGGUGGAAAGGCACCGGCGAGUUUAUCGAUACGAAGUUCUUCUGCCGGCUGUGCGCGAUGCUGCACGACGAUGACGCACCAGCCAAGCACUACCGAAACGUCAACGACUGGUGGCGUGGCCAGGGCGUCUGCAACAACGCUAUGCCGUGGCGGCGGUUCAUCGAGUCGUCUGUCGAGGCCGGCGAAUCGGCAGGCCCGAAACCAGCGGUCAAUGGUGACUAGCAUUUACCGCGGGCGGCGGCCGCGGCGCUCGACUACAUCACGGGGCACUGGAGACGUCAGCGCCGCCGUCGCCGCCGCAUCGUCGUGCAGGCGUCGUCAUCACCGUCGCCGUCGUCAGAAGUCGACUUUUGGCGUCCUGGUGGCGCCGCUCGGAAGACGCUGCCGGUCACCGCGGUGGGUCCACCGCCGCCGCCGAUGCCCACCGUACCGCCGCCGUCACCUGCACGCCUUAACGUCCGGAAACAGCCACCGGAACCGGCGCCGCCGCCACACGUGCGCAUGUCAAGCGCUGCGCGGAGACGACGUAGGGGCCGCCGGAAGAACUUUCACGACGGGUCUCGGCCUGCUUCUGCGGCACAUCGUCAUCAUGCGUAAACGGUUCUCAUCGAGUCAUAACGACAAUUGCAUGUAACCUGAAGCAGCUGCAGCAAGUACACGCCAUCGUAUCUAUAUAAUAUGAUAAAUCGUAAUAAUAUAUAACAUUAUAUUGAAUUCGCCAAAACCGAUAUUGUCCACUGCCAACCCCACUCGAAAAUAAUAUACAGUCCGCAUAAGCCGAGCACUUUCGUACUUUUAACUAUGUAACUAAAUGGUUUAUACCAACUACAAAUGGUUGUGUGGGUCGAUCCGAUUCAAUCCGAUUGGCGGCUGUCGACGGCGCCUCGUUCAAUCGACCAUCCACCCACCACUCAUCCAGUCAAAUGUCAUGAGCAUCGAGAACGGUGUCAAUUUGUUUUGUUGUACAUAUAAUAUUAUUGAUUCUCCAAGAUAUAAGACCUGGUCGUUGCGUCAAUACACACAGACUUUUUUUCCGAUUUACAUGGGUACACAAAUUGUACAUUCACAAUAUUGAAACGUUUAAAUAAUAAAUAUGAUAUUAUUCCAUAAUAUUGACUAUAGUAGUUAAAUACAACUUAUAUAAUAUAGUCAAAAAGCGAAAAAGUACAAAUUCGUUCUAUAGAAGUACAAAAUACCUGUACAAUAGAAUUGAGAACAAUUUGCUAACAAUAACUAAUAACUAAUAAGUACCUAUUAUACUAAUAUUAUAUGUGUUUACAGUGGAUUUCAGUGCAUAAUAUGUAUUAUAUAUUUAUAUCUAUGUAAUACGAGUGUCAUAAAAAUUAAAAUCGUCUUCCACUGGUAUAAUAUUAUUGAAAUUAUACAAUUAUUAUAUUUAUAAAGUAUCUUUAUACAAAUCAAAUGUUAAUAUCGACUGAAUUAUAGAUACAAUAAUAGACAUAAUUUUAAACUUCUUCAUUCACCGAUGUAAAAACCGUUUUUCAUAACACUGUUAUAUAUUAUACAUUAAUUAUUCUCGAUAAUCUUUAGAAAAUUGUAUCAAUAUAUAAUAUACGCAUAGUACCUAUUAUUGUUUGUUAAGUAGUAUUUUUUCUAAAUAUUACAUUAUGACGCCUAGGUUGUUAUUGUUAUUAAUAUUAUAAUGCACAAUAUAUUAUUAUUUUAUACCUCCUGUGAUAACAAAGUGAUAUUUUUUGAUUACGAUAUUAGGCGCAAAUAAGCAAAUGUAUGUAAAAUAUUUCUGAAGUGCUUAUAUUAUAUAUAAUAUACCUAUGUAUAACGUAUGCUAUUACAUAAUAAUAUAUAUAAAAAUACCACGAUUUGUAUGUAAUGACUACUAAAGAACGCGCCAUUUUCUCAUAAAUAUACUUGCGCCUAUUCGAUAUUGUAUUAAUAUACUAUUAUUAUAGUAAAUUAUCUUAAGUUUAGUGUUACCUAUAAAGUUAAAUAUUAGAAGGAACUUUCAAUACAGAGCUGCUAAGCAUC